AUUCCAUAAGAUUUUGGAUUGUACGUGCAUGAUUGACAACAGUCGCACUCACUUACGCCAAUUGAAAAAAAUAUGCGAUUUUCUGUCUGUUUUGCUCCAUCAUUCCAUAAAUUGAGGUCCUGUUUAUUUACAAAGCUACAUUCUGCAACUUUCAGCUGUUGUAUUCACCGGAUGGCGUGUGGGGAAUUGAACGUGGCUAAGGGGAAUGGGGUUGAGGUUCUUGAGAAGGUCGAAGGAUUUGAAGACCGACGGAAUACGCUGUUAUUUGGUGCCCGAAAGUCUGGGGUGGAAGGCUCAUACAUACCGCAACGGACAGUCGUGUUUUUCCCGGGUGACGUGCAGAAUUUUGAGAACAUCAUGAAGCAUCAUGAAGCCAAUCAGAAAUGGAAAGAAUGGACAUUUGAGAGCAAUGUUCGCAUGUUACAGCAUAGGUUCCCUGAUGCUCAGGUUGUCAUGGUGACACCCUCACGUCGGGUGGACGAGACCUUCAGUUGCUAUGGUAACUUUAUGGAGACAGACGUCCUUGGUUCGCCCACCAGCUACGAGUACCGUCAUGCAUGGGAGCAUCUGAGGCUCCUGAUUCAAAAUGCUCGGAAAUGUAUAACAGAAAAGCCAUCCGCGGAGGGAGUAGAUCCUGCCGGAGAAAAAGUGACCGAGUCUUCACUGACGGUUAUUGGUUUCAGCAAAGGCUGUACAGUCCUCAAUCAGCUCAUGUACGAAUUAGAAAGUGCAUGCUCAGACCAAGCAAUACUUGCCUUUAUCAGGAGAGUCGAGGCCUUCUAUUGGCUAGAUGGUGGCCAUGCUGGUACUGUCUCGACGUAUGUUACAGAUGAUAGCGUUUUAAGAGCGGUCGCCAAUCUCAAGGCUACAUUCAAUGUUCAUGUCACUCCCUACCAAGUGAAAGAUGAAGGGCGCCCUCAUAUAGGUGAAGACCAUCUUCAAUUCAUCUCCAAACUGAUGUCAUAUGGUGCAGACGUUAAGAGCACACUUCACUUCAGAGAUGAAAGCAGAUCAUUAAAGAGGCAUUUUGAGGUCCUCAAGCUGUUUUGAUGACUUCAUAGUGAAUGUGAAGGUGUUAUGAUACUCUUGCCAGAAGACAUGUUGCAGACAGAGAUCCAUCAAGAAUGGCGGAUUGAUGACAAAGCUGUGAUAGACAAUCAACAAGGGACCUGUCACAAACAUCAAAGAUCAUUUAAAGCAAUGAUGGUCUACAGGCAUUGAGAUGAGAAGUGAUGUAUUACAAUAGAAAUCAGAGCACAGGUUUGCGUAAUAUCUGUAAGAUGUCUGUUCAAUUCAGUGACCAGAGUCUUUUUUUAAGACCUUGGCCCUGAAACAUAAAGCUUAGCGAUUGUUAGGUAGAUUUUAUGUGAUUGAUUGCAUUGACUAUUGUGUAUGAUCAAACUUAAAAGCAGCCUUACAAUCAAACAAGAUGAAGCAGAUAUUUGUGUGUUUACUCUUUAGAAUAUAUGGCCAUUGGAUUGUAUGAAUGAAUCGAUUCAUUAAUAGUGCAAUCUGAUUUAAAAAUAUUUAGUAUUAUGUGCGUAAGACUACUGCCAUAGCAAUAUUCAUUUUUGUUCAACAACUCAAUGACACUGCCUUAUUCAAAUAGCCAGGCCUAUCAAAACUUUCAUAUCACUGGAAACAUAUUUACAGGAUUAUUGUAUAACUUGUGUAAAUAGUAUACACACUAUAUUCUGAAUUCAUGUACCUUCAUCAUUCAUGUGAACUUAUAAUAGCCAGAAAAUGAAACUAUUCAGGAGUUUUUAAAUAAUAAUAAUAAUACAGAGUAUUUCUAAAGCGCCAAAUCCACAUUGAUUAUGUGCUCAAGGCGCUGCGAAAAGGAAAUAAGACAAAAAUUACAUGGAGCAGGAAGGGACAAAGAUAAAAGAAGCACAGUCAUGACAAUGAAAGGAAACUACUGGAAGGCAAUUUUAAACAAAUGGGUUUUUAGAGAAAUUUUGAAAUUAUCGAUAUUGGAAAUACUACGAAUGGAAUAUGGCAACUGAUUCCACAAGGGUGGUCCCGCAUGUGCAAAUGACCGAUCCCCCAUGAUUUCUUGGAUUUAGGAACUGUAAGCAAUUUUAAAGUUGUAUUUUCUCAGAUAUGACAGCAGCUUUCUGAGGCUUAUAUAUUUAUCCAACCAAGCAUUAUUAACUUUGGGAUCUAACUAACAGUAAGAUAUAUGAAUUCAUGAAAAGAGCAGGUGGCAAAGUUUCAUACAUGUAUGUAGAAUCUUAGAAUCAGAUGUGUGUGAAUAUAGCUUUAAAGCUGAUUUCAGCUUAGAAUUUUAUUUAAAGCUAUUUUAAUUCUUUUGUGUGUGAAUUUCCUCUGCAUGAUCUAUACAGGCUUUUCAAUGCAAACCUUUUUAACUCUCUAUUUGGGGUUACAGUUGUGUGGAAUAUUAUUAGCAGUUAAAGGAGCUGCAUAUGAUGUCAUUCGGAUUAUUGUUGGAGAAAUUCCCGUUCUUAGUGGUUUGAUUUACCAGCCAUCCAGAGAAAAUAAAACACUUUACAGGCCAUGUUGAGUGAGAAACUAGAGGACUGAUGGCUAAAGCUCCUCUCCACAGGGACCUAAUAAUAUCAAUAUUUAAUUUUGUAUAAUGAGAUUGUAUUUCGGGACUGCAGGUGCUUUUAAAGUAUGUAAAACUUAAUGUUCAAACAGACACUGGAAACUGAUAGGUCAAAGCUAGCUAUUGCAGUGAGCGUUGAUCGUCAGAGACCUGGUGCGAGAUUUGAAAAAAAGCAAUCCUCUCUUAACAACUCAGUCUGCACUAAACUUACACCAUCACCUCUUCCUAAAGCAUUACCAACAGUCAAUGCUGACCAGGGGGGUGUUUCACAAAGAUUUAAUAUGACUUGGGUUGCACUUAAAUGCCGACGCGUACAUGAUAUGCAACGUGCAAUCUUAUAAAUCAAUACGUAGUAGUGUGCCUCUUGGCAUGAUCUGACCAAUACUGUCAUGUCUUUUAUACCACGGGCAACUAGUCAUUUAAGUGCGACUCGUAAGUCAUGAUUAAAUCUUUGUGAAACACCCCCCCUGUCUCUGUUGCCAAGCCGAUCCUCUUCUUCCAUCUCUCCCCAUCCUUUACCCCUAUUCCCAAAAGCUGAACCCCACACAAAACAGCUACAUCAGACUUGAACAUGAAAUAUUUGCUCUCCUUCAUUUCUUGCCACAUUCAGCUUUCAAAUCUGCAUAUUUGCCCAACUUUCUCUCCAUUUGGUACUGUGAGACAAGUUAGAUGAUUUUUCAGCAAUUCCUUACUUUCUUCAGGAAUAGUUUGGCACAUUUUUUUUUAUUCGUACGUACAGACACUUGUCAUUUUGUUGGAUUCUGUUUAAAUUCCUUCUAUAUACGUGUAAUUGCCACUCCUAGUGUAUUGUAACACUCUGAGACAAGCGGGGAGAUUGCAGCAUGGAUAACGAUGACUGUUUUCCUUGCAAGGUAGUGGAUCACAACGAGAAUAAUGGGAAGGAGAACAAUCGUAAUGAUGGUGAAUAAUCGCAUGGGCGGUCAGAUCGAGAGGAAUAGGAGUAACGACCUGAAUUGUUAUUAAGGUGGGCAUAAUAUUGACAAUCUUAGGACUAGGGCAAGGGCGAACGAGGAUAGUGAGAAGUAGAUUGGGGAAUAGAAUUAAUUGUGAAUUCAAGAGAAUCAAGCCUCGUCACAAUAGUCUUGUGAGGAUCAUUUAUUUGUGCUCUGGCAGUGGAAACGGUCUUAAAAAAUGACGAGCGGAAGACUUCUUGUCCACGCUGAUUGAAGUUUGGAACGGAUCUACGUCUAAGGGACCGUAUUUUAAUUAUCGAUGGCACUCUCUGCUAUUCUUCUGCAGGAUCGUGCAGCGAAACAGCGGACGAUUUUUACCCGAAGUCCUUAGCAGAGUCGGAAAGUAGGAGUUGCCAAAAUUGGUGGUACGGGGUAGAAGUAAUUUUGUCCACUUCAUUCUGCCGAUCUGCACUGAGCAGAUAUCAGCAGGAGGCCAGGCCUGGUGCGCUAGCGCUGCCGUCACGCUGGACUUGACGCUAGCUAGCUAGCUCGUAGUACUGCAACUUAAUAAUAAUAGCGCUCCCCAUUCCAUGGCAAUUCCAAUGCGUUCACAUCACUUGGCUCGAAUAAUGUACCACAUGUAGAUGAAAUAUUUCUGUCUUGCGUUUUAUGAAGCCUCAAAAUAUUCCUAUAAUUAAGCAAUUACAUGUAUAAGAAAAUUGCCUACCAUUCCCUGACUGUGUUCUCAGGCCAAGCCAAGGCAAGAUGCAAUAGCUCCUCUAUUCAUUUCCGACUCGGACUCUAAAAUAUAUUAAAGUUACAACUUCUUCUUGGAAUUUUGGCAACCAGUCAAAAAAAGAUUAUUUUUUGCCACAGCUUUCUUUGGCCUUGGAGCUUAUUUUCGGGAAUCUUUCCCUUUAUUCUUUUUUUUUGUUCUACUUUUUUAGACUUGACAAUAGACUGUUUUGCACAGUCGUAAAAAAGUUGCCAUUCCCUUGCUAUCAGCCUGGUCCAAUUGUAUAUUUUUUUGUCCUAAUAGCUUAUGACAAAUCAUCUUUACCGUUUGUCCAGAAUCAAGGACCAAAUUGAUGUUUAGAUUAACCAAUUUUUAAGAAAGACUUCUUUGCUAUUCUCUGUGAUGACGGGCGUUUCAAUACAUAGAUCCUACUCCUUUUUUUUUAAUCAUCCGCUGAAUCAAAACUAUCAUAAAUUGCACCCAGCCCAAUUAUACACCUCUACAAAUAAAAAUAAUCACUUCCACAAUAGUCAUGUAUUUCUUCCUAAUUUAUCAAAGUUAAUUUAAAAAAGAUAACUUUACUUAUUUUUUAAGCAUUUAUAUUUUGCAUUGUUUUCUCUAUAAUUCAUAGUGGUACAUUAACCAAGCUGCUAGUUAUUUGUAUAAUGUAGUGUGUUUAGAUUUGCAUAUGUUCAAAGUUUUAUGGUUUAUAAUAGAUAUCCAAGAAUUCUAAACCACCAUUAUUACUCACCUUUGUUAUCAGAAUAGAUUUCUACCUUUUCACUUCAGAAACGUUUAUAUCUCUCUCCACAUUUAUUGUCUUUUCAUUGGUUUCCACUACGAAAAGAUAUAUCGGUUCAUUAUCAGCUAUUCACCAAAGUGAAAUGAACGUUUCAUUUUGUUUUCAAUUUUGUUUUCUUAUUAUUUUUCUUUGAAUUUUUAAUAUUACUUUUUUGCUGUCUUUUCUAAUCGUAAUUCCUUAACUUUCCACAUCUCCUUCCCACAUAUCAAGGAUACAUUUGAUUCUCUUUGCGCACCUCUCUCUCUUCCUGUCUUCCUCCAGACUCGAGUGAUUAAAUUUUACUAUACAUCACAUCAUCCCUUCUCUUUAUAUUUCAUUAAAAUUACCAUCUCUUUACAAUGUUGUUUCAUUACACAUGUUGACAAAAGCUUUAACAAAGUCAGCAAAUCAAAACUAAAUCUCAAAACUCUCACUUGACCAUUCUGAUAUACCCUUUCCUUUUCUCUUGUCUCACCACAUGCACUCCCCUCAGCAUAUUCAGCAUGUUAAUUCGAUUUGCAUCAUUUUCCAUCUCUAGAUUUUGCUCAACAUCUUUUACAAUUCUCAUAUAAAUAUGAAAAAUGACACAAUAUUGAAAGUCACAUUAAGCACAUUGAGACCUUUGUAAGGUGUAAUGCGCUGUACAAAAGCUGUUCUAUUAUUAUUAUUAUUAUUACUGUUCUUUUUUCUGUGGUGAUGAGUGAGUUUCUCAGCGUUUUUUUUUUUACUUUGAUCAAUAAUUCCUCAUCGGUUUUAGUAACUAUCAAUGUGUAAUUAAUAUCACUGAAUAGAUCAUUUAAUUUUCUUUAAAAUGAUACCCUACAUGAUAAGAUUAUCGUUCACAUUGAGGUGCAGUGUCUUGAAAUGUGGGGCAAGGUCAAAAUUCAAAAGUUGCAAAAUGACACAAUAUUUAAAGUCACUUUUCUUUUUUCAGUGGUGAUGAGUGAGUUUCUCAGCGGUUUCUUUUAAUUGUUUUCAUGCACCUUUAAACAUCAACAUUAACAUGAAAUCAAAGACACCUCUGCACAAGC